AGUGUGAGGAUCCUGAAAUCAAUCCGUUUGGUGACGGAGCCGGUGGAGCCUGACCAGGACUGGCGUGAGGGGGAACGGAGUUUAGUGCGGGUUAUCAUUGUGGACCCAAAACAAAUCAAAAAUCAUUAUCUGAAAACUUGGUUUGUGAUUGAUCUGAUUGCUGCGCUGCCUGUAGAGUACAUACUUCUAAUUCAAAGAACUAUAGGUAAACUUGAUGCCUCAUCUGUAGAAUACACUGGUUCAAGAAUCACUCGCAUACUUAAACUGGCCAGGAUAAUGGGUUUACUACGUUUACUGCGCUUCUCAAGCCUUCUACGAUACACAAAGAGCUGGGAAGAGUUACAUCAUUGGAAUAUGGGUAUAUCAAGAUUCUUGGGUUUAGGUUACUGGAUCAUUGUGGCUAUCUUGUUCCUUCACUGGAAUGCCUGUUUACAGUAUCUAAUUGUGAGCUUACAAGGAGUUCCUAAGAACAGUUGGGUCGGUCUUCUAAACAUUAAGGAUAAAUCCUUGAAAGUAAAGUAUAGUUUCAGUAUUUUCCGAGCUCUCUGUCAUAUGAUGUGUCUUGACUAUGGAACAAUUGGAAUCCCGACAGGAGCUUCUGAAAUCUGGGUGGUCAACAUCAGCAUGCUUACUGGAUCGAUCAUGUAUGCUAUUUUGUUGGCCCAGGUGACUGCCUUAAUUGCCAAUGCUAAUGCAAGCAAGCGUGUAUACAGAGAAAAGUUCAAUGCGUACAAGGAAUUCCUGCGGCAUCAUCAUAUACCCAAGGAACUUCGAUUGAGAGUUUUAGAUUAUCUGGCCCACCAGUUUAGAGGGAAGUGGUUUAACGAAUCUAUGAUCCUUAAUGAACUUUCACAGGCACUCAGAGAGGAAGUAAUCAAUCAUAACUGCAGUCGUCUCAUGGCCAACGUUCCCUUUUUCAAGAAUUGCGAUGAGAACUUCAUGAAUUCAUUGCUCUCCAAGCUAAAGUUUCAUGUUUGCCAAAGUGCCAAUGUGAUUUAUCACAAAGGUGCGAUUGGACGCUAUAUGUUAUUCAUUGAGAAAGGCAUCAUGGUUUCGGAAGGAGACAAUAUUUCAAAGAAACUGACUGACGGAGACUUCAUUGGAGAAAUGAGUAUACUGACUGAUAAGGUAAGGGAAGCCACUGUGACAGCCACGACACCUUGCAGAUUCUACACGAUAUCCAAGGACGACUUCAAUGAAACCCUGGAGUUGUAUCCUAAAAUGAAUGAGCAUUUUGAAAGGAUUGUUGCAGAGAGGCAGGAAGAACUGCAAGAUUCUUAAAAAAACUGUUGUUCAAUCAGCCAUGCUGUUCAAAUAAAGCUGAAUAGAACAUUUCUACCUACUAGAGAGAAUCCUACAAAAUCUGUUUCAAAUGGAUAAUUAUUUGUCAUUGA